CAUUUGGUCAACAUACUUCCAUUAUAUAGACUAUCAGUAAAUUACAAAGUAUGGCGUCCAUCAAGCUAUCUGUUGCUCUUGUGAUCAUACUCGCUAUUGUUGGGACACAUAUGAUCAAUGGUGAACAGUGUCAAGCCACAUGGCAUAUUCUUUUUUGUAAAACAAUAUUAUGUGAAGUGUUAUGCAGAAGUAGUAGAGGGGUUCUCGCUAAAGGCCAGUGCAUGCCCCAUGGUGUUUGUCAAUGUACUUGGAAUUGUCAUCCUUAA